AAUGAAUCCUCAACCUUAGAAUAACGAUGAAAAUUUGAUGAGAUAAUAGUUAUUUAUCAACGAAAAUAAUAAAUUAAUCGAAUAGUUUAAAGCUUCAUUGGUAGAAAAAAAAAAAGGAAAUAAAGUUCAAGUGUAAAAAUUUGAUAAUGGUGAAAAUUAUGAAGGAGAAAUUGAUGGAGGCAUGAGGAAGGGUUUGGGAAUUUAUAUUUUUGGUAGUGGGUAUUAAUCAUUUAAUUUUAUAUAGAGAUAUAUAUUUUGGACAAUGGAAUGAUUCAUUUGAAGGAGAAGGUACAUACAUUUAUCAAAACGGAGAGAGAUAUAAGGGAUAGUUCAAUAAAGGAAAGAAAGAGGGUCAAGGAAUAUAUUAUUAUUAUUUAAUUGGUGCAGAGUAUAAUGGAACAUGGGUUAAUGAUUAGAGGGAGGGAUUUGGUAAAUUUAGAUAUCAAAAUGGAGAUGUUUAUGAGGGUAAUUGGUUUAGAGGGUUCAAAUCAGGGUAAGGAACAUUGAUUUUGGCGAAUGGAGAUCAUUUUUAAGGAGAAUGGAAAAAUAAUAAGAAAAAUGGAUAUGGAACUUAUAUUUUCGUGUCUGGUUCAAGAUAUGAAGGAAUCUGGCUUAAUGAUCAAUUUCAUUAAUAAGGAAUUUUAAGUUUUUCUAAUGGAGAUAGGUAUGAAGGAAUUUUUAAAAAUGGAUAGAAAAUAAGAGAAGGAGUAUAUAAGUAUGCAAUUGAUGGAUCAGAAUAUUAAGGAGAAUGGUUGAGAGAUCAAAGAAAUGGGAACGGAAAAAUGAAAUAUGCAAAUGGAGAUUUCUAUGAUGGAUUUUGGUAAAAAGGAUAAAGGUAUGGAAAAGGUUGCUAUAAAUAUAAUAAUGGAGAUUAAUAUGAAGGAGAAUUUGUAAAUGACUAAAAACAUGGAUCUGGAGUAUUGAAAAUGAUUUCUGGAGAUAUUUAUGAAGGAGAAUGGAUAUAAGGAAAAAAGAAUGGAAAAGGAUUAUAUAGGUUUGCAAAUCAUGAUAUUUAUGAUGGUUAUUUUGUUGAUGGUUUGAGAUAAGGAUAGGGAAGAUAUCAAUGGAAUGACAAUUCGUAUUAUGUAGGUAAUAAAAAUCAUUAAAAUAUUAGGCAAUUGGGAUAAAGAUAGAAUGAAUGGGAAAGGAUUGUAUAUGUCUCAUGAUGGAGUGUAAGUAGAUGGAAUAUUUGAUAAUGAUAGAUAUGUAGGAUCAGCUGACUGA